AUGUUUUUAUGUCCUAUAUGUUACUAGACUUAUGAUAACAAAUUAGCCUUUACAUUUCCUUCCUGUUUUGAUACAUUCUGUAAGAAUUGCUUAAAGUCCACUUUUGAGGGUAGGAUAAAGGAACAAAAUGUAACAUUGGAUAUCUUUAAAUGUCCAGGAUGUUAAAAGAUGUUCGAUUAAUCUUUGAUUUAGGAAUUUGUUUCAGAAUAAAUAUUCAAGAAAUACUGUGAAUUAAGUAUAGAGAUGAACUCGAUCUAUGGUUUGGAGGAAGACGAGAUAUUAGCGAAUUGUUUAAACGAGGCUUGCAGAGAGAAAUAUGUUAUUUGGAAGAAUGCAGAAUACUAAAAAUGUUUAAAAUGCAAAAUGGAAUAUUGUCGGUUGUGUUUCUUACCAUAGCAUAAGCCUGAGCGUACUUGUGAAGAAUAAAAAUUGCUAUUUUAGGACAAAGUUUAUAAAGAUUUAAAGGCUCUUCUGAAAGCAUGCAGAUGUCCUAAAUGUAAUAUUAUGGUAGAGAAGACAGCAGGUUGUAAUUUUAUGACCUGCAAAUGUGGUACCUUCUUUUGCAAUCUCUGUGAUAUUUAACUUGAGAAAGCAGAUCAUAAUACCCAUUUUGAGGGGAAUAGUCCAUUUAAUAAUAAAUGCAAAAUAAAAGUGAAUGGAUCAUGGGUCACAAGACCAGCAGUGCAAUAAGUUCAAUAGGUUUAAUAGAAAUAAGUAAUUUAACCAAUUGAAAAUCCGAUCAAUAAAAUCCCUUGUCCUAAUUGUAAUUCGACAAAUCCCAAGAUUACUGCUCUCCAACUCUAUGAUAGAAUAGCUCAUUGUACCAGUGUGAAAUGUUAAAGUAGGGCAUUUUGCAUUGCAUGUAAAAAGAUGAUUCCUCAAUAAGAAUUGCUAAAUCAUUUCACCAACACAUUAGAAUGCAAAUUUAAAUGA